UAUACACACUGUAUUGCCAAAAGUAUUGGCCCUGCCCUUCAAAUCAUGUGAUUCAGGUGCUCCAAUCCCCGCCAUGGACAGGUGUAUACAAUCCAGCCCAUAGGCAUGCAGACUGCUUCUACAAACAUUGGUGAAAGAAUGGGUCGCUCUCAGGAGCUCAGUGGCUCCAAGCGUGGUCCCGUGAUAGGUGGCCACCUGGGCAAUAAGUCCAUCCGUGACAUUUCCUGGUUACUAAAUAUUCCACGCUCAACUGUUAGUGGGAUUAUAACAAAGUGGAAGCAACUGGGAACAACAGCCACUCAGCCACCAAGUGGUAGGCCACGUCACAUGACAGGGCGGGGGGGUCAGCGCAUGCUGAAGCGCACAGUGCGCAGAAGUCGCCAACUGUCUGCACAGUCAAUAGCUGCUGUGUCAUUGGACACAGCUGAUCACGUGGUAAAAGGCCGCUGUGAUUGGCUGGAGAUCGCCGGGGUGCGCGCCUCUGAGGCCUUACAUCAUAAUUUUAAAAGUAAAAUGAGAGCCCCAAAUGAAAUG